UAGAACGUUCGAUAUAUCUUCCCCUUUCCAAGUAUCUAUUUUAAAUAUUCUUGAAGAUGAAAAUGGUCUUCCACAGCUUCUCAGUCAGAUUCAUAUUCAGAUGCAUCAAAGUUCUCAUCAACAGAUCUAUCAGUCUCUUGCAUUAAAAAAACUCGACGACAUUUCUGUUUUUAUCUUCUUGUUUCUUCAUCUUUAGGUUUUGUAUGUAAAUCUAUAUCAUAACGAAAGAAAGAAAGAAAAAAUGUCGAGAAAGCCAUGUUGUGUGGGAGAAGGGCUGAAGAAAGGAGCAUGGACUACCGAAGAAGACAAGAAACUCAUCUCUUACAUUCAUGAGCACGGCGAAGGAGGCUGGCGUGACAUUCCCCAAAAAGCUGGACUCAAACGAUGUGGAAAGAGUUGUAGAUUGCGAUGGGCUAACUAUCUGAAACCUGAUAUCAAGAGAGGAGAGUUUAGCUACGAGGAGGAACAGAUUAUCAUCAUGCUUCACGCUUCUCGCGGCAACAAGUGGUCUGUCAUAGCGAGACAUUUACCAAAGAGAACGGACAACGAGAUCAAGAACUAUUGGAACACGCAUCUUAAAAAACGUCUGAUCGAUCAGGGAAUCGAUCCCGUCACCCACAAGCCACUUGCCUAUAAUAAUAAUCCAGGAACGCCGCCCAAGUCUUCUGAUUCUCAAGAUGAUGAACAAUCGCAAUCGGGGUCGAUGUCUCCAAAGUCUCUCCCUCCUCCUUCAAGCUCAUACAAUCUACAGGAGACAAGCAGCAGUGAUGAGACACCGAGAUACGGUGCUUCCUUGACAUCCAAGAAACACUUGUUUAAGAGGUCAAGUUCUACAUCAAAACUGUUAAACAAAGUCGCAGCUAGGGCUGCUUCCAUUGGAAAUAUUUUAUCAGCCUCCAUGGAAGGAAACUUGAACAACUCUAAACCAUUGCCUUCAUGUCUCAAUGAUGACUUUUCCGACACUAGUGAUCAACUUCAGAUGGACAACUAUGACCCAUUCUCUCAGUCAUCUGAAGACAUAAUUCCAGAUGAUAUCAGCAUGAUCAACACUGAACUCGACAAAUACGAUUUCUCGCAGUUUCUGGAGCAAUAUAGUAACAAAGAAGGCGACAACUUUGGUGGAUACAAUCAAGAUCUGCUUAUGUCUGAUGUCUCAUCAACAAGUAUUGAUGAAUACGAUAUUAUGCAAAACAUAACCGGUUGGUCAAAUUAUCUUGUUGACGAUUCCGAUUUUAGUUAUGACACGAACCAAGAUUGCGACGACAAGAACUCCGUAUGAUCCGUUGACCGGUACUUAGCUUUCAUGGUUCUCAGGGAUAUUUGUCAGGUUCACUAUAUGGUUUAAUUUCUACAUUCAAUAUAUAAGGGAUUCUCUUUUUAGUCUCAGAACCUUUUGAUUUGCGGGAUGUUGUUUUUUUUAUUAAAAAUAAAAAAAUAUAUGUACGUAGUAACUGUU